AUGGUCACAUCCGCGUUUCAGGUAUUUAUUCGAUUCCAGCAGCUUGCUUUCCCUUAUGAUAAAGCAGUAGGAUUUGCGGCCGCAGUCCUCAUCCGUUAUGUUUUUAUCAAGCUGAUUGGAGAAGCACAUCACACUGGAAACUGCUCGAACCCAUACCACAGUUACAAGCUGAAACGCAGUAAUGAAGAUUUAGCUUCCGGGAAAGUUUGUGAAGUACCAGAAGAAGUGUGA